AUGCUGAAGCCGGCUGGAACCCGAUUCGGGACCAACUACAUAGCCAUAUCCCGGCUGUGUGCGAUGCGCGGCAGCCUCACCAACAUGGUGACGAGCGACCAGUGGAAGGAGUGGGCGGCAGGGGACCGGAAGAAAUCAUGCGACGGGUUUAGUGCGCUAAUCCAUGAUGCCGCCUGGUGGAAAACGGCCGAAUUUUUCACCGCCCUGCUGAAGCUGCCCUACAAGGCGAUGAGGCAGACGGACGGGCAUGCCGUGGGGAUGUACGAUGUGAUGCUCCAGUUGACUGAGGACGUGGGGGACUUACUCGAUGAGGACGAGGAGCAGUUGAGCAAUGGGCAGAAGGACCAGAUCCGCCGCAUCCUCAGAGACCGUUGGGACGGCAGCCUCGCAUGCGCCAUGCAUGUCGCUGGCCGCAUCCUCAACCCCGCCAAUCAGGAGGAAGAUAUUUUCGGCACUGAUCCCGAGUGCACAAAAGUUUUCAAGGCGUUCAUCAGCCAGUAUGCCGAGUUCCUUGCGAGCCGCGGGGAUGGGGGGGAUGACGCGUGCGACAUCUUGCUUGAGCUGGGGGAUGGGCUGAGGGCGUUCCUUGACAUGAAGGAUUCUUUUGGGAUGCCGGAAGCCGUGGCACAGAGGAAGCUGGUGAAAAAGGGGAAGUAUAGCAUGGUGAAGUGGUGGCAGUGGAAUGGGACUGAUGCCCCACGAGUGGCAGGGCUCGCGGUACGGGUGCUGUCUCAGCCCGUGUCAGCCUCACCUUGUGAGCGUGGAUGGUCAUCGUGGGAUGCCGUCCACACCGCACGUCGAAACAGGCUCGGAUCCGCCAAGUGCAGGGACUUGGUCUAUGUUGCGCACAACUGGAAUGUUGUGCGCAACUGGCACAAGCGCGCCGAUGUCCUGCCACAUGUGGUGCCCGGGAUUGGAGCGGAGCCUCCAAUCCCGGCGGGAUACAAUGGGCUGGAAGACGAGACGACGGGAGAGGAUGAGGAGGAAGGCAACGACGACGACAUCCUCGAAGACGAGUACGCUAAAUAG